UUUUUAGAUCGACGUGCAGCUGAACAUCAUGUCUUAUCUCUCGCCCCAAGACUUGUGCAAUUUGGGAAGCACGAGUUGUUACUGGAAGGCUGCUGUGCAAGAUCCGUUGUUAUGGAGGUAUUUUCUCCUGAGGGAUCUCCCUUUUUGGACAUCUGUUGAUUGGAAAUCACUCCCAAAUGUCGAGGUUUUUAAUAAAGCCUUUUCAGAGGUCAGCGAUAAUGCACUGUAUGAUUACAUGGCACUAUACAAAAAAAGCUGUCCCCAGAGCAGAAGAAGUUUGAAAUCAAGCCGUUCCCGGUAUGGGGCCAUCACUUCCUUUUUGCAAUCACUGGUCACUCAGGCAGAACCUCGCUUUGCUAUGUUUGGGCCAGGUUUGGAAGAGCUAGACAACUCUUUAGUACAAAAGAUGAUGACAUGCCCAGAAAUUCUGCUGCUGGCUGGCCUACCUCAAAGGCAAAUUCACGGAAUUGGAUCGGGAAUCAGUUUUCAGCUUAAUAACAAUCAAAAAUUCAAUAUUCUGACAUUGUAUUCAACCACCAGUGUGGAAAGGAGGAGAGCAAAGGCAGAGCAAGUUGUUGCUGUGAAUAAGAUGUUCUACCAAGAGAACAGCAUCAUAGGGGACCAGCAAGCCGUGCACUACAGUGUAAUAGCUCAAGUGAAAAAGGUGUGCGAAGUAGUGGAUGGAUUCAUUUACGUUGCUAAUGCAGAAGCUCAUAAAAAGCAUGAUCGUCAAGAGGAAUUGGCUUGUAUUUUGGCAAUGAUUGAUCCAGCCCUUGGGCCUCCGUACAGACCUCUACUGGUUUUGUCUUGUGUCUCUCACACUGAUGUGAAAAGAAUUCCGUGUGUUUACAUGGCACAUCAGUUGCAACUAAAUCUGCUACAUCGGCCCUGGAUGGUGCAGGACACUGUAGCUGCAACUUUAGCUGGAUUGCUAAAUGGAAUUGAGUGGCUCCUGGAAGAGGCAAAUUGUAAAAAUGCACAGUAAUGGAACUGUGCAUUGUUUUACUGUAUAGAGGUUUUGUGUCCUGACAGAGCACUAUUGGAGAUUUUAAAGACAAACCUGCAUGUAUUUCUCUGCACAUACUUUAAUAAUUAAUGUUCUUCCAACUGUAGUCCUGAAUUAGAAGUACAAGUAGGAUUACCUGGAUUCCAGCAGCUGAUGCAGAAGUUACUUGGGGGGCACUCUGGGUGUUCUGUUUUUUUCUUUCUUUCAAGAUGGGGCAUUUAAGAUUCAAUCUCAGUAUAUCUGAUAAUCUAAUCUCUUCUGUAAGUAUACCUAACACUAUGGCACACAUCGCUCAUU